GACAAGUAGACUCAAACAACGCCUCUUCCUCUACAUUUAACCAGUUUUUGCCUUCCGUUCCGCACCACAACACAACAAACCAAAGCCUCUCUUCUUUCUUCCUAUUUCUCACACCCAAGAACCCAUCUUUCUCUCCUCAAAUCUCAGCCCUUUUCUCUUUAUCCUCUCCACCACCUCCACCUCCCUUCGCCUCUCAAUCAACCGCAAUGGGCAAGGGUGGAUCUCUCAGCGACAGUGUCUUGAAGAAGAUCCUUCUCUCCUACACCUAUGUUGCUAUCUGGAUCUUCCUCUCCUUCACUGUCAUUGUUUACAACAAGUAUAUCCUCGACAAGAAGAUGUACAAUUGGCCUUUUCCCAUCUCCCUUACCAUGAUCCACAUGUCCUUCUGUGCUACUCUCGCUUUUCUUCUCAUCAAGGUCUUCAAAGUCGUUGAACCCGUUACCAUGUCUCGGGAUCUCUACCUCUCCUCCGUCGUACCCAUUGGUGCUUUGUAUUCCCUUAGCCUUUGGCUUUCCAAUUCUGCCUACAUCUACUUGUCUGUCUCCUUUAUUCAGAUGCUUAAAGCUCUCAUGCCGGUCGCCGUCUAUUCGAUUGGGGUUUUGUUUAAAAGAGAGGGUUUCAAGACCGAUACCAUGGUUAACAUGUUGUCGAUCUCGUUUGGAGUUGCUAUUGCAGCUUAUGGAGAAGCCAGAUUUGAUACCUGGGGGGUUGUUCUACAACUGGGUGCUGUUGCCUUUGAGGCCACUAGACUGGUAUUGAUUCAAAUCUUGCUUACAUCUAAGGGGAUCACACUCAAUCCUAUUACUUCUCUUUAUUAUGUGGCGCCUUGCUGUUUGGUUUUCUUGUUUUUGCCUUGGAUUUUCGUGGAAUACCCUGUUUUGAAGGAGACUUCGAGCUUUCAUUUUGAUUUUGUCAUCUUUGGAACCAAUUCCUUGUGUGCCUUCGCCUUGAAUCUUGCUGUGUUUUUGCUUGUGGGGAAGACUUCCGCUUUGACGAUGAAUGUGGCUGGUGUGGUCAAGGAUUGGUUGUUGAUCGCCUUCUCUUGGUCAGUCAUCAAGGAUACGGUGACCCCAGUAAACUUGUUUGGAUAUGGCCUUGCGUUUUUGGGUGUUGCCUAUUACAAUCAUGCCAAAUUGCAGGCAUUGAAGGCUAAGGAGGCUCAAAAGAAGGCCCAACAAGCCGAUGAGGAGGCUGGAAGGUUGUUGGAGGAGAGGGAGGGAGAAGGAACCGGGAAGAGAAGUGAAUCACAAAACUAAUCUUUUAUUUAAGGGAGUUAAUUUUAGAUAUGAAAUUGGAUGGAGAGUAUUGGAAAUAAGAGCAAAAGGAAGGCAAAGUAGUACCGGGCUUUGGUAUUGGGGGCAAAAGGAAUGGAGGGUGUCUUAGUUUUCUUUUGCUCAUUCGGUACUGUUGUUCUUAGGUUCAUGUUUAUUAUGCUAGUCAUGGAUGUUAGUUAUGUUAGGGAUCUGGGAUCCUAUCUCAGGUGCCCUGUUAUUUUUUUUUGUCCUUUAUAUCUCCCAUGUUUAUGUAGGAACGUCUUUUAUUGAUGAAACUUUAGUGCUUAUUUAUUCAUAUAUUUUCUUCUUGCUCA